AUGAAUUUUCACACGAUGGACAUUGGGAAAGAUGAUACUAAAGCUGACCCUGAUGAUUGGGUUGCCUUCGAUAGUGAAGAUGCUUACUUUGAUCCUCAAUGGGAUGAGUCAGCUCAAGCUCAAGCUCCUGCCCCGGAGCCCGAACCUAUCGAGUUUCAGCAGUGGCAACCUACCCAGCCCCAGGAACCACAAGAUAUGUCUACGCCUGAACCUUCUGAUGCCGACCCACCGUUUGACCCAUACAGUGGUGUUUCUUUGAAGAAGACUGUGUCGGCCGAACGAACAGGCAGUGCCUUGACAGCAACCACGCAUCCCGAAACACCUCCUCGUCGUCAAAAGAAGCAAGCUGUCAAUCAUGGAGCCCCCGCGAUGCCUACCACGAUUGCGAAGAAUUUGUCGUCCGAUACCGAUUCGAAUAGUCAUUAUCUAUCGGAAGAUCCGGAACAACCGAGCUUUGCUGACAACGAAAACAAAUCCAAGGCGAAGCCUGUCGCAAAGCCAUCACGCCGAAACUGUAUCUUUUGUUUGGUUUUGGCAAUCAUUUUGCUCGUCAUCGCCGGAGCUUUAGGAUUCAUUGUCUACAUGCACUUGUUCCAUGAAGUGGACAUGGUGGAAACGGAAGUACCUAGUACAGAACCAUCUUUGGAGCCUACAUCACUUCCGUCGUCACUCCCAUCAUCAAGACCAACAGUCGAUUCAGCAUCGCCGACAAGCUUUGUCACACCGGGUCCCACCACUCGACCGCCAACCUCGCCACCUUCCCGAUCGCCAAGCAAUGUUCCAAGCGCUUCACCGACAGACAAUCCAAGCGCUACUCCCAGCUUGCAGCCCUCCAACACUAGAGAUGAGUUGCGUGAUUUGAUUGCUAAGAUCUCCGACGGUGGAACAGUCCAAGCCAUCAAUUUGCCUGGAACCCCCCAGCAAAGAGCCUAUGAGUGGGUCCACAAUGAUCCAGCCUACUUGGAAUUUAAGGAACGUCGUAUUGUCCAACGAUUUGCCAUGGCGGUCUUGUACUAUUCUACUGUCCGAAGCGAAACUUCCAAAGAAGCUAUGGAGAGCUGGAUGGAUUAUGACACCAACGAAUGUACUUGGUUUACCUCCUGGUACCUAAAUCGGGAUGCGUGCGGAAUUGACAAUAUAAUCAAAACGUUGGCCUUGAGGAAUGUGGCACUUACCGGUACCAUUCCAUCCGAAUUGGCUCUGUUGACUCAUUUGAAUACACUGGUGUUGUCUGACAACCAACUCACUGGAAGUGUCCCCGAAGAGUUUGGGAAAUGGGCUUCACUAAUAACACUGGACCUGAAUUCCAACUUUCUGAGCGGAAGGAUCCCAUUGAUCCAAAGCAGUCCUUCGAUUCCAAUGAGCUUGCGAGAACUUAGUCUUGGAAGCAACAGAAUCACAGGAAUUGUCCCUUCUUCCAUCGCGAAUUUGAAUCUCACGAGUCUUGAUCUUUCCGAGAACAAUGUCCAAGGAAUCAUUCCUCCAGCCCUUUGCUCGACGGCAGAACAAAGCUCACAACUUAAGCUAAUGGCAGUCGACUGCGACAAAGUCACUUGCUUCUGUUGCACCCAGUGUGGUGCCAAUCGUACGAGGGCGCCAGUACUGACACCCUUUACGCCCCCACCUUCUCCAGCUCCAACACCAAGACCCACUCAAGGCCCUACUAGUUGUGUUAGCAAUAUUCAAGUCUCCAAACGAUGCUACAAAGUUGGAGAACCUUUAGAAAUCAGCUUCAGCAACUGCAAUCCCCGGGCUGGUGAUUGGAUCGGAUUGUACGACUCUGAAAGCCCAGAACAGUUCUUGAUGGAUCCCUUGAUGUGGCACUGGUCGUGUGGAAGUAAAUCCUGUCAAGGAAGCCCCACUCAGGGAAGCUCCACAUUGGAUGCCUCAGCAGAGGGACAAGCGUUUUGGCCACUGAAUCGGGGUAACUACAAGAUAUACUUGAUUCGAAAUGGGGCCAGUUUCCCGUAUCAAACCGUAGCCACAAGUGAAGAAAUCCGUGUGGCACAAAGUAUAUGUCCAGAUUAA